AUGCCUGCUCGCAAUCCCACUGGCUUCGAUAUGGCCCAAUUCAAGGCGGCGGCCUCCCCUAACUCAGUCUACGCCAAGCGGGAUCCAUGGGUUCGCAAUGAGGCCUGGCGCUACACUGGCCCAUUCACUCGUUGGAACCGUUUCAAGGGCCUGUUCCCCGGCCUUGGAAUCGCCACCGUCGCAUUCACGGCCUACUGCGCUUAUGAGCACCUGUUCCUCAAGGACGAUCACCACCACGAUGACGGCCAUCACUAG